AUGCAUUUCUUAACCAGGAUCAUUAAUCUGCAGGUGGGCCCGGAUGUAACAUUUACGAUUCUGCUAGCCUGGCUGACGGCUUUCGAUGGAAAGAUCAUAAAACUGAAAGACGCGGCUGCUGGUUAUGGCAACACCGGUCUUCUCACUGUCAUCUUCUUAUACAUGGUGGCGGAAGGCGUCACGCAGACAGGAGGUCUUGAGCUGAUCAUGAACUACGUCCUAGGUCGCUCCCGCUCCGUGCACUGGGCCCUGGUUCGCUCCAUGUUCCCGGUCAUGUUCUUAUCCGCAUUCCUGAACAACACUCCUUGCGUUACUUUUAUGAUUCCAAUUUUGCUGUCGUGGUCUCGGCGUUGUGGCGUGCCACCCAAGAAACUGCUCAUCCCCUUGUCGUACGCUGCCGUACUUGGCGGUACCUGUACGUCCAUUGGCACAUCGACCAACCUGGUGAUCGACAAGCGUUAUGCUAAAAAGGAUGCUGCGGAGGCCAGAUUUGGCAUGUUUGACAUCGCAGCGUACGGCGUGCCGUACGCGCUAUGGGGGGCCUUGCGUUGUGGCUCACUAUUUUAUUCCCCACCCAACCCCCGGAUACACCUCCUGGUUCACACGCAAACGCACGCAUCGCCACGGCAGGUCAAGAAGAGUAGCGAGGUGGUUGGCAAGACAGUGUCGGCUGCCGGUCUCCGCGGCAUUCCCGGUCUGUACGUCUUGUCCGUCGACCGUGCGGAUGGAAGCAGCGUGGAGGCCAACGAUUACCUGUACAAGAUCCAGCCGGACGACAUUAUUUGGAUUGCUGCCGAGGUGGCUGCCGUUGGCUUUUUGUCCAAGUUCCCUGGCCUGGAGCUCGUACAGCAGGAGCAGGUGGACAAGACGGGGACCUCCAUCCUGUACAGGCAUCUCGUGCAGGCAGCCGUGUCGCACAAGGGACCGCUGGUGGGAAAUACCGUACGCGACAUGCGCUUCCGCUCGGCAUACAAUGCUGCAGUCGUUGCCGUACACAGGUAUGGUGUGCGUGUUCCCCUCAAGGUCCAGGACAUUGUGCUCCAGGGAGGAGAUGUACUGCUGCUCAGCUGCUCGACUAGGUGGACUGAGGAGCACAAACACGACAAGGCGUUCGUACUGCUGCAGGCUGUUCCCGACAGCUCUCCGCCCAAGCGCCGCUCCAUGAUCAUCGGCGUGCUGCUUUUGCUCGGCAUGGUUCUGACCCAGAUUGUGGGAGGUCUUAUGGACCGCGAGUUAAUUCACCUCUGGCCCGUUGCCGUGCUCACUGCCGCGCUCAUGCUCAUCACGGGAUGCAUGAACGCAGACCAAGCGAGAAAGUCCAUCAUGUGGGACGUCUACCUGACCAUCGCUGCUGCUUUCGGUGUGUCAGCUGCCCUGGAGAGUACGGGGGUGGCAGGCAAAGUUGCGAACGCCAUCAUCGGCAUCGGCAAUAGAGUUGGAGGUACCGGCCCGGCGCUUAUCGCCAUUUACAUUGCCACGGCGGUCAUGUCUGAGCUGCUAACCAACAACGCCGCUGGCGCGAUUAUGUACCCUAUCGCGGCUAUUGCUGGCGAAAAGCUUAUGAUAUCGCCACGCGACGUCUCCAUUGCAAUUAUGCUGGGCGCCUCUGCGGGCUUUGUCAACCCCUUCAGCUACCAGUGCAACCUGAUGGUCUACGCAGCGGGCAACUACAGCGUCAGGGAGUUCGCCAUCAUUGGAGCGCCGUUCCAG